GUUUGGAUGCUACUGCAGCGUCGCCGGCUGUAAACGCCGGCUGCCAGUUCGCAACGAUCCAUCGGCUCGUUACCACGCCACUCAUACGCACUGACCGUGGCGUGAGAACUUUAAAAAAAAUAUAUAAAAUAAAAAAAAAAAUUGGCAGUGCAUAAAGUGACAGUGCGACAGUGAACUGAAAUUUGUGAUCAGGAAAAUUAGACCAGAACUAGUUUUCGUAUUCGACCGAUAGCGAUCAGAAGUUACGAUUCGACUGUUUCAGUUUUCAGACUUUUUGCACAUUUUUAUCGAAGUGCAAGAUAUGGAAUGUCGCAACUGAUCACAACUUUUGUAUUUAGGUGCUGAGUUCCAACCAUGGCGAUGUGGCUUCAAGAAACCUUCUAUUUUCUGGCAAUAUUCCUGUUGGCGACGCCCAGUUUAGCAGCAGUCUGUCCUGAUAGUUGUGUGUGUAGUACCACUCGUGAUGGACUCCAUCGCGCCACCUGCAGUGAUCUCGUCAAACUAUACAAAUUCACCCUUCGUCAAAAGCAUCAUAAUAUAAACAUUUUGGAUCUGUCGCAUAAUAAUAUUACCAAGCUGACACAUGAACUUGAUCGUCUUACUGAAGUGGUCACAUUAGAUCUUUCCACCAAUGGAAUAACGAAUCUAAACAAAUUCUUACAUAAUGCUAAAAAAUUGGUUCAUCUCAAUCUUGCCAAUAACAGGAUACGAACGCUUUCCUUAACGCAACUACCUACUAGUGUCAGUUCAUUAGAUUUAACUAAUAAUCUAUUGGAAGAUGUACCUUCGGAUUUUGGCCAUCUCAUUGGUUUGGAACAUUUAGAAUUAGAGGGUAAUCCUCUUAAUUGCUCAUGUGAAAACAUAAUGGCACGGGAUCGUUUGUUGCUGUCAAAUGUAUUUAUCGAUACAGUUGUGUGUAAUGCCCCUAAAAAAUUAAAAGGCCGAUCUUGGCUUGAAUUAAAAACAAAGGAUAUUUGUAAAAUUCCAAGAUCAGAACCAAAUUAUCUAGAUAUGAUGUUGGGUGAUCAGCCAAUAGAUGCAAUGCGAAUUGGUGAAGAAACUACGGCUCUAAAGUCAAUGCCUUUAGUAGCUAGUAAUGAUUUAGAGGAUGGUAAUGUCAUACAGGGAGGUAAUGAUGUUGAAAAUGAUGAUGAUGACGUAAAACAAUUUAUGAAAGUUGGCCACUCUACUUCUCAAUCUCCUUUAGAUGAUAUUGAAGGGUCUGGUGAAGCUGAGAGUACGACAGUACCUGUUAUUAUUACACCUUUACAAGAUCAAGAUCGUAAAUUGGAUUCGAAAAUGUUUGAAGAUGAUGACAUUUUCCCAGCAAAUAAUGUUCCUAAUGCGACUUCUGAUGAAGGAUCAGGAGAAGGAUCUGGAUCUGGUUUUAUACCAUUCCAAAUCUUUAACGAAGAAGAUACGACGGAAGCUGUUACUCCCGCAUUUGUGGAAUUAAAUCCAGGUCCAGUACGUCGAAUAUUUGAAGAUAAUUUCAAUAAUAGCACAGAAUUUCCCAUACCAGAGGCACCGUCUGUUUAUGAAGGCGGUUCAGAUUGGCAAAUAAAAUCGGAAGUUACUGAUAUUCCUACGGAAUAUCCUGCAACAGUUCAAGUAUCACGGGAUACUACAGUAUCAGAACAUAUAAGAGUAACUCAGGCAUCAGAGAAUUUAGGUGCAGCACCAACAACUAUUAAAAAAGAGGUGACGCAUAAAACUGGUACUUAUGUUUGUAUUGCAAUUAUCGUUGUUCUAUUGGUAGGGUUAAUUGGGUUUGCUAUAAUCAAAGGCCAAAUAAGAAAAAGAAGAGAUAGAAGAAUUCUAAGACAACAGAAAACAGAUGUAGAAAAAGCUACAAAAGAAAUGGUAGAAAUGAAUACAGCAUUAUUAGGUAAACCAGCUGGUUUAGAUCCUUCUAAAGAAAAAGCGGUAAAUGGUAAAUACAUGAAAGUACCCACACAUGAGCCAAUUCAAAAAAAAGGCGAAAAUGGUGAUGUUGUUAAUGGAAUAAAAUAUAAUGGCAAUAAUGGUACAAGAACUGAUAGUCCAAGAGAUACAAACCAGAAUAAAAAUAGCUCAAAAGAUAAUAAUUUAGUGGAAGAAAAACAAACUCCCCAAGAAGAAACAUCGGCCGAAUCGGCACCAGCUUCACCUGAUUCUAGAAAAGACACAAAUUCUUUAUCUAGUGAAGACAUUUUUGUGCCUCUGAAUGACGAUGAUACACCUAGAUUAAAUGGGAAUGCUGAUUCCGAUUUUUCUCAGCCUCUAAUUAAUGGUGAUCAAAAUACAGAUUCUGAUUUCCUUUCACCAUCUCGUGACUAUGUUCCAGUUUAUUCACCAGAUAUGGGAAGGGUCCGAAUAAAGAUGACAGAAAUUCCAAAGCCGAAAACACCAGUUCUAGUCACCAGAAGUAGAUCAAAUGCUGGAGACAUCAUUAUUACUCCUUCAGGAGAUACUAAUGGGCGCAAGUCAACCACUUGAAACUUAGUGUUAAUAGAAAAAACAUUAGCACUUAUUAUUAGUGUCAAACAGUGUCAGUCAACAAACACUUCACUAUUGGCGAAAUUCUGUGAUUAUUUUGUGUGCAUAGUUGGAGCAAAUCUUAUGUGUGAAGAACUGGUAUAUUUGGUUGGUCAGUACGUUUUAAGUAUAGAUUGAUAUUUGCUGCCAAAGUGUGUUUGUAGUCGACGGUGCCUUUAACUUGUUAGUGGUAUAAAUAUUUAUGAGAGUAUAUUGCGCAAUAAAUAAAUCAUAUUUUUAUACGUGUAAAAAGUGUUGCCAUGUUCAUGUUAGUAAUAACGUAUAUUUUUAGUAAUUAUUAUUAAUAAUUUCUAUAUUUCUGUAGUUGUCUACGUAACAACCAAUGUGUGUUUGUACAAUCAUUUUAUUGCAUGUAUGUGUAUCUAUUGACGUUACUGAUAGAAAUUGUACAAUUCUUGGUUUCUAAAAUUUAAUGGUUGUGUACUUACUAUCCUGCAUAGACAGUAAUAUAAUAACAACGAAAGUAAAUUUGGCUAUGUUUAUUUUCUAAUUAUUCCAGAGAGAUUCAUUCUUGUAAGGUCUGGCUAAAAAUAAGUUCCUCUGAAGUAAUUUUUAUACUAGUUUAAUGUUAGUAUUUAAGAAUGUGAUACCAUUUAUUUUAAGUAAUUUCCGCUAUUCAUAUUUGUAUGUAUAUAAAUUAAUUCGAUUUCCUUCAUGUAUGUAUAGUUAUCUAGUUUUAUUUUGUAUUCGCAAUUGUUUUAUUUCGUAAUUAAGGACUGCUUUUUAUUAUAUAUUUACUGCGCUUAUAUCAAUCAACCUACAUAUUUAGUUUUUAAAUGGGCAAGUAAUUUAAUUAAAUGGUAAUAAUAUAAAAAUUUGAUUGAAUCUUACACUACAGCGGUAAUGUAAGAACCAAUCAAAAUCUUUUUUUAUUAAUAAAUGGAACAAAAUAUUGAACAAUAAUAGUUUUCUAAGCAGAUUCUAUGAAAAUGAUGUAUUUUUCAACAAUAAGAUAUAAAUGGUUGAUUCGAAA